ACCAUCCCUGCAGAGACUCCUGAGACAGUAUUCGCAUCUCCCUCAGUCUCUGCCCCAGGUGCCAUGAAGGUCUCCACAGCUGCCCUCGUUGUCAUCCUCACCACUGCUGCCCUCUGUGCUCCUGCAUCUGCCUCUCCAUAUGCCUCGGACACCACUCCUUGCUGCUUUUCUUACAUCUCCCGUGCACUGCCCCGGGCCCAUGUCAUGGAGUAUUUCUACACCAGCAGCAAGUGUUCCACUCUUGCAGUCGUCUUUGUCACCAGAAGGAACCGUCAGGUGUGUGCCAACCCAGAGAAGAAAUGGGUUCGAGAGUACAUCAACUCUUUGGAAAUGAGCUAGGAUAGAGGGCUCCUUGAGCGUGGCCUUGUAUAAUUCACUUGUUGCUGCUUGCUCUAGUCCUAACCAGCUUGGGAAGCUGCACAGCAACCUUACUCCCACUCAUCCCUGACAGGGCAUAGUUUUCUAUCACACAGCAGCAUUUAGAACAGCAUCCUCUACCUAAAGCCUGAGAGGGCUACUGAAGCCCUGCCCUGACAACAAGAAGUCUCCGGGCUCUGAGCUUCAGGCCCCUCUACUUGCCCAUGGCUCUGUGAAACAGGAAAGAAGUGUCUCUCAAGCAAAAAUGGAAGAAAAGAAAAAAAGAGUUCCUAUGUCGGGCCCUCAUGGGCUGAAUAGCAAGUCUAAGAAAUCAGUAUUUCAUUAAAAUUUCCAAUUCAAUGACA